AUGUCUCUCUGCCAGGAUUCCUCUUCGCCCCCCCUUGUUUUUUUUUUAUCUUCUCCUCCCUCCCUCACGGCCCCCAAACCCUCUCUGCCCCUUUCCCCUCUCGCACCUCGGUCCGUUUCGGAUCGAAAGUUGCCUCCACGGCGGAACCGGGCCACACACACAGCUGCUACUACACCAUGCCACCCAGCGGCUUCAAUGGAGACGAUGGACAGUGACUCGAUCAAUGAACCGUCCAGGAAAAGGUUGAGGACGAGCCAUGCCUGCGAUACGUGUCGGGCCCGGAAGAUCAGAUGCAACGGCAACACGCCAUGCGCGUCGUGUUCCGCAUCGCGUCAGGAAUGCACCUAUGGGUCCGAGGCUAACUCGCGCGGGAAGAGCGAUCUCAUCCUCGAGGGCGUACUGAGGGUGGAGAAGUUUCUCCACGAGAUGAAGGCCACCAUUGUCAGUCCUCUCUCGUCCACUUUCUCCUCCUCCGCCUCCGCAUCGGCGUUCCACCUCUCACAGAACCCGUCUCAUGAGGGGUCUUUCAAGGGAGCGCCGCCCUUUUCCGAGCGCCGGCCCUCCGUCGUGUCCCCGGCCCUCCGGUCCGCGUCGCGGGGGUCCUUCUCCGGCUCUCCGCUUACCGAACCCCACCACCACCACCAUCACCAUCACCACAACCAGCCGCAGCGCACGCCCGUCUCCGAGACGCAGUACCAGAACAACUAUGAGAACGCCGUGCUGGACUCCAUGCACACGAGCACCACCGAGUCGGUCUUGCAGUGGCCUCACUUCGAUGCCUACCCGACCAUGCGGGACGGAUACGUCUCCAUCUUCCACCUCGAGCAGUCGCGGCCGCCGGUGAAGACGCGGUCGACGAGCAUGUAUCCCUACGUGACGGCGGAAGACAUCGGGGCCAUCAUCGACUCGUUCGAGCACACCGUUAACUUCUGGUACCCGACCAUGUCCCGCAGCCAGCUGGACCAAGUCCGCGACCUCAUCUCUGACGGCAUCCCCGAGGAGGACAGCAUCCUCGUCUGCCUGGCACUCUUGACCAUGGCCCUGGGCUGCGUCGGCCAAGUCACCGCCGGUCUGACGGACGGCGCGACACUAAGCGGCGAAGAACGGAAGCGGAGAGCGGCGAGGAAGGCCAUGGGCGACAUGUACUUCGACAGCGUGCUGAAGAAGCUCCACGUCAUCCACACCAACGUGGGGAGCACGGCUACGCACUGCUUGUUCUUCACGGCCAUGUACUUUGCUUUCCUCCGGCGGCCGUUGCAGGCUUGGGAAUACAUCAACGCCGCAUCCGCCAAAUGUCUCCUGCUGCUCUCCUACCCACCCGAGUCCGAGUCGACGGAAGACCAGGAACGGAUUCGCAGGAUUUUCUGGUCUUGCUAUAUCCUCGAGAGAGAGCUCUCUCGACUAACAACUUCCCCGAGUGACUAUCUCGCCGAGCUCUCCGGGCUUCCCCAGUCCGGUAUUGCCCGCAUCGAGUCAUCGACUCCUCUCCCGGGGGAGUACAACACCCACCAGGACCCUCAGGUGGAGGAGCAGUCCUCCAUGUACUUCCUCGCCUGCAUAUCGAUGCGUCGUCUGCUGAACCGCGUCCACCAGCUCCUCUACGCCCACGGCACCGGCGCCGCCCUUGACCACGCGCGCUUCCCCUACGUCGUCGCCGAGCUGAACCACCAGCUGGACGAGUGGCGCGAGGUCCUCCCGCCGGCCUUCGCCUUCAGCGUCGGGUUCAACGUGGUCGGCAACAGCCAGAGCACGGCGACGGAGCACGGGGGCUUCCUGCGGCAGAGGUAUCUCACCUGCCGGAGCGUCAUUUACCGGCCGUACCUGAUGUGGAUGCUGAGCGGCAUGGCUGGCGGCAACGCCAUCAGCCAAGACGCUUUGAAGAACUGCAAGGCUUGCUUGGAUGCGUGCUUGCUGCACAUCCUCAACCUGAGGGGGUUCGGCCAAACAGUCCUGGUCGAUACCUGGAUUUGCUCGCUCUCCAUGGCCGGCGCGAUGCUUGUUCUUCUCGCCGCCUGCCGUAUCCAGGCAUUGAAGGACUUGAUCGGGCCUGAAGUCCUGAGUGCUGGUGACCACUUGAGGCAGCUCUUGCAGGGCUGGCAGGGAGUCAUGGGCGAGCCUACGUCGCCGAGCGUUGACCAGGCCAUCAGAAUCAUCAGCGACGCAGACGGGUUCAUCCAGGACGUCUACAGGGCGGGGGAUUCACAUCCAAUUAGGCGUCAAUGAAAUCUUUUCC